UCCUCAGACUCAGAGCUGCACGAGCUGUCCCGUCUCAUCACUGAGCAACAAUGAGCCGAUAACAGUGCCACACAUCGACAAACACCAACUUUUUAUUCUGAGCUGGACUGCUGCAUAAGGAAGAUGAGUUUGGACGCGGUUUAUCAGCCUGCGCAACUUUUGAACUGGGUUUAUCUGUCGCUGCAGGAGUCUGAAGAGAACUACAGCAACAAACCAAAGCAGGAUCUGGACUCGCACCUCAACUCCAGCAUCAUCAGCAGCUUCAUUCACGAGCGCGCGGAGACUCUGUGUAGUCACUUAUAUAAGGGCUCGUCUCCCUACGGCUCGUUAAACAACAUCGUCGAGGGUCUGAGUUUACUGACGGACAGCUUCUCUGACCUCUCGCUGACCUCUGAACCCAGAAAGCCUUGCAAGAAACCUCCGCCCAACUACCUGUGCCACCUGUGCUUCAAUAAAGGCCACUACAUCAAAGACUGUCCGCAGGCUCGUCCUAAAGGAGAAGGUCUGACGCCAUAUCAGGGGAAGAAGAGGUGUUUUGGCGAGUACAAGUGUCCCAAAUGCAAGAGGAAGUGGAUGAGUGGAAACUCUUGGGCGAACAUGGGUCAGGAGUGCAUCAAAUGCCACAUCAACGUCUAUCCUCACAAACAGCGUCCUCUGGAGAAACCUGACGGUCUGGACGUAUCUGACCAGAGCAAAGAACAUCCUCAGCAUCUGUGUGAGAAGUGUAAGGGGCUCGGAUAUUACUGCCGUCGCGUUCAGUGACCUCUGACCCCCGAAGACGCCAGCAUCACCGUAUUCACUGCUUCCUCACUGACUGAGCUCCGGGUAAAUAUGCUUAUGCAGGUUGAUUACCAUAGAAAAUGACUUUUUGAAUAAUACAUUCGUGGGUUUUAACGUAAACAGUGCACCAUAAUUAAAACUCACAUGUUCACGAUUAUGAUUAAAUCACUUACCAACCUCGAUUCAUUUAGUUCAGUGCAUGAAUGUGUAAACAAUAAUAAUCUCAAUUGUGGUAAUCAACAUUAGGCCACAACUCACUGCUGAUAUUUUAUGAAACCUUUAAAUAUAAAAUUCAUUUAAAUUGACCCUCAACUUAUCAGAUUUUAAUACACCAUUCAGACUGAUAUAUAUUUGCUUAAUGGUGCAAGUACUGGAUAUUUGAUAUCAGGUUAGUUGCUGUGAAUUCACACGAUGUGAAAAUGUGAAAUAUUCUUCGAAAGCAUUUAAUAAAACACAUUUCAGGGCAAUAACUGACAGGCAGGGCAUCAAUGUCAAAUGAAUCUGAUGUAAAGUCUGGACUAAUGGAAACUGUGACUCAUUCCUGUUCUUCAGAACCCGCUUAACUCCUUUUCAAAUGAAAUACUGGAUAUUUACACAAUAAUGAGAUGAAAUGAUAUUCAAAGAUCCACACAGAACAUGACAGAAUCCACUGAUAAUCAAACACUCGCUGAUGUUUGUGCUGCUGAGUUCCCUCCAAAAUGAUGUCACUUCCUGUAGGGUGAUGUCAUCAAGGAAAUGGAAUUUGCUGAAGUGAUUUUACGAAAACAGGAUGGAAAGUGAUAUUGAGGAACUAUAAAUUGACGAUGAAAUUAAAAUAAUGUUGUUGCCAUUAAAACAUUUUGAUAAGAAGGAUUUAAUAUUCACCCCAUAUUAACUUCGUUGAGAAACUGUGCUCAGUGAAAACUGAUAUGAUUUGUGUUUCUAAAUUGUGAUUUUCCAGCAUAUAUGAUGAGAACAUACUGCAGAACAGGAAUGACCUGAUCAGCCUUCUGCAUAUGAAAUGCAUCAAUGUCUUAUUUUAUAAUAACGUAUAAGCUACAUGGUUUGUCUGUGUAGUUGCUCAAAAGGCUUUUCAAUUCAUUCUGACACAAUGCUGUUAUGAAUCUUAUUUUCUACAUUUUGCAUACUGUGUGAUUUUAUGACGCAUCGCUCAAGUGCCUGUUCAUCACAAAGAUGUUUGUGUAUUUGUGUAAAAAUAUGAACAAUAAUAGUGACAGCAAUAGAGAUCAGAACAUUAACAGUAUUAAUACUGCAGGUUUACUGUAAGUGAUGUUUGUUUAUUCUGAAUGAAGUCUGCGCCUGUGUUUUUGAAAAAUGCUUUAUAAUAUCUCAUAUUCAGUGGCCUCAAAAACUAUCUGUGACAUGCAAAAAAAAAAAACACUGCCUGGUCUGAACGGAUAAAACAAUCAAAUGUUGAAAAUGAAGACCAAAAGCAUUAUUUUUUUUUUUUUUGGUGUUUUUAAGUAUCUCUUGAUGAAUGUGCAUGUGUAUUUUGUUCACUUAUAAUUUUCAAUUUGCAAAUGCAAAACCAAUUUGUAAGACAUUUGUGACCCUGGACCACAAAACCAGUCUUAAGUGUCAAUUCAAAAUUAAGAUUUAUACAUCAUCUUUCCAUUGAUGUAUGGUUUGUUAGGAUCAGACAAUAUUUGGCUGAGAUGCAACUAUUUGAAAAUCUGGAAUCUGAGGGUGCAAAAAAAUCUAAAUAUUGAGAAAAUCGCCUUUAAAGUUGUCCAAAUGAAGUUCUUAGCAAUGCAUGUUACUAAUCAAAAAUGAAGUUUUGAUACAUUUAUGGUAAGAAAUGUACAAAAUAUCUUCAUGGAACAUGAUCUUUACUUAAUAUCCUAAUGAUUUUUGGCAUAAAAGAAAAAUCAAUCAUUUUGACCCAUACAGUGUAUUUUUGGCUAUUGCUGCAAAUAUACCCCAGCGACUUAAGACUGCUUUUGUGCUCCAGGGUCACAUAUGGUUUUAAACUGGCUUCAAGCACAAACUUCAGAAAGAAAUGUAUGAAUGCAGAUCCAGUUCAUCUAAAUGGUUCAAGACCUUCUUCUUAAAGCACUGCAUGUACAUGAGUGACAGUAACUCAAGACUGUGAAAUAUUACUGCUUAUAUGAAGGCAACGUGCCAUUAAUAACCUGUGAAACCGAAGUGUGCCUU